AAUAUUCUUGUAGAAAGUAGAGAUAUAGAGAGAGAGGGAGAGAGAGAUGGAAAAUUAUUCCAGCCAUCUUCUAGCAGCUUUUCUUAUUCUACUCACUUUAAGUACCACCAUGGACUCCGCUUCCGCUGCCAGACGUGCAGCCGGAGAAACCAACACUGAGUUCAUCAGAACAUCUUGCAGUGCGACAACUUACCCUAAACUUUGCUAUACCUCUCUUUUAACCCACGCCACUGCAGUCCGGCAAGAUCCAAAGCUUCUGGCUCACACCGCCCUUUCCGUGACCCUCGACACCGCCCGUUCUACCUCCACCAUGAUGGGCAAGCUUUCCCACAUUCGCGGCAUGACGCCGAGGGAGGUUGGCGCCAUGCGGGAUUGCGUGGAGGAGUUGAGUGACUCAGUGGACCAACUGAGAAGAUCCACGACGGAGAUGAAUGAAAUUAAGGGAUCAAAUUUUGGGAUGAUUAUGGGUGAUGUGCAAACCUGGGUUAGCGCCGCCUUGACAGACGAGGACACCUGCAUGGAGGGGUUCGCCGGAAAAGUCAUGAACGGAAACGUGAAGACAGCCGUAAGGGAACGGGUUGUGAAUGUUGCUCAUCUCACCAGCAAUGCCUUGGCUUUGAUCAAUAGUUAUGCUGCCCUUCAUAAUUAGCCAAAAUUCAGCAAAAUCUCAGAGUGUAUUAUUGCCAGAAUUGUGUGAACCAGUAAGCUUUGUGAGAAGGAUUAAUUAGUGUGCGCUUGCUUGCUUGCUUAAGCUAUAGGAAGAUAGUGAAUUAUAAGUUAAGACUGUAAUUGUUUUGUUGUAUAUGUUGUAGUAGCAAAGUAAUUUAAGUUUCCUUUUAAGUAAUUCAAUGGUUUAUAAUAACGAUUACAAAUUCGUGAUUAA